GCCUCGCUCUGACACCACCGCUCGCUCGCGCGCCUUCGCCCUCUCUCUCCUCUCUCGCCUGUCAGCUCAGCUCCCGGCAGUCAUCACCGGUCAGCUCGCGGCCACCCUAGACGACCGCGAUCGAGGGCCUACCAGGGCUGCGGCUCCAUCCAUCGUGCUGCUACCUAUCAUCAAUUCAUCAUCAUCAUGCUAGAGAACCAAAAGCAAGCGGAGGUCCUCUGGCCCAGGCUUGUGGCCAACAAGCUCUUCCGGAAGACCUCCGGCAGCCACGCCUUCGUCGCCGACUUCCCGGUCGCCGAUGACGACGCCGCCUUCGACGACGGGGGGUGCAGCCCCGACGCGGACGCCAGCCGCUGCGUCAAGCGGGCGCGGCCGCAGGAGCGGAGCAAGACCCUCAAGUACAAGCUGUUCGCGAGCACGUGGAACGUGGGCGGCGUGGCGCCGCCGGACGACCUGGACCUGUCGGACUGGCUGGACGCCCGCGACGGGCCCUACGACAUCUACGUGCUCGGGUUCCAGGAGGUGGUGCCGCUGCGGCCGCGCAACGUGCUGGGCGCGGACAAGAGCCGCGUCGGGAUGCGGUGGAUCGAGCUCAUCCGCGCCGCGCUGAACCGGUCCGCGGCGUCGUCGUCCUCGCCGAGAGGGGCCGGCGGCGGCGGCGGCGGAGGAGAUAGCGGCAGGCAGAAGGUGCACCCGGUGCGCGACGGCGGCGGCGUCGGCGAGCUGGCGCGCGAGUACCGGUGCGUGGUGAGCAAGCAGAUGGUGGGCAUCCUUCUGACGGUGUGGGUGCGCGCCGACCUCCGGCGCUUCGUCCGGCGCGCCAGCGUCUCGUGCGUGGGGUGCGGCGUCAUGGGCUGCCUGGGCAACAAGGGCGCCGUGUCCGUCCGGUUCUGGCUCCACGACACGAGCUUCUGCUUCGUGUGCUGCCACCUCGCGUCGGGCGGGCGCGACGGCGACGAGGCGCACCGCAACGCCGACGCCACGGAGAUCCUCGCCCGGACGUCCUUCCCGCGGGGGCACGCCCUCAACUUGCCGCACAAGAUUCUAGACCACGACCGGGUGAUCCUGCUGGGGGACCUCAACUACAGGAUCUCGCUGCCGGAGGCCAAGACCCGGCUGCUGGUGGAGCGGCGGGACUGGAGGACGCUGCUGGAGAACGACCAGCUGCGCGCCGAGGUGUCGCGCGGCGGCGGCGCGUUCCGGGGCUGGAGCGAGGGCGACAUCGCCUUCUGCCCCACCUACAAGUACCACCCCAACUCCGACAACUACUACGGCGGCCGCGCGGCCGCCGGAGGCGGCAGGAAGGGCGAGAAGCGCCGCGCGCCGGCGUGGUGCGACCGCAUCCUGUGGCACGGGGCCGGGCUCAGCCAGACGCGCUACGACCGCUUCGAGUCGCGGCUGUCGGACCACCGCCCCGUCCGCGCCGUCUUCACCGUGGAGGUGGACGCGCCCAGGAACCUCAACUCGCUCAGGAGCUUCUUCAUGUCCGAGAGGUUCGACAGGGCCAGGAGCCCCGCCGCCGACCGGAUGCUCCGGAAGGACGACGUCAACAGCGCCAGGUUCGCCGAGACUCUCUGACACGGACGACGCCAGGCAGCGCCGGUCUGCCUUACUUCGAGGAGAGGGUGGAAUCGUCACUCCAAUUCUCCAAUUGUACACAGGCAAAAGCGGAGACAGAGAGUAUAUAUGAUUGUUCAGUUCUGAGUGAGUGUUCA